AUGAAAUGUUUUGUUCCUUCUGGGAGAGCUGUCAGCUCUGGGGAGCUGCUGUGGGCUCUCAGGUGUGAAUGCUGGGGCUGGGGGCUCACUCAGUGCCUGGUGAAGGUAACACCGGGAUUUGCUGGGACAAACACCUUGGUGGCUGCUCCAGCUGCUGUGACUCCAGCAGCUCCGUGUGGCGCUGGCAUUGCCCCCGGGGGUCACACGUGGGGCCUUUCCCAGGCCUGUCGGGCUGUGCCACGUUUGCUUUUGCUUGGCUUUAUAAAGAGGAGGUGCAGGAGCUUCCUCUGCUCCUUCCCAGGCUCUGCCCCCAGUGCAGCCUUCACCAUGGAUGGCUUGAAUGUCUCCAUUGCUUUUUUCUUCCUGGUUUUUGGGGCGUGCCAGGUGCUCCGGUGGCUUUCCAAGAGGUUUCUGUCUCCCGGAACACACGGCUGCCUUGCCAGGGAAUUUGCUGGCUCGUUCCAGCUGUGCACGAGCUGCCUGGAGCUGAGGAUGCUGAUGGACAUCGGGCCCUGGAGCGGCGGCUUUGGCCUGGACGUGGUCCUGACCCUGCUCUUCCUCCUCUCCGCCGUCCACGGCGCCUCUUUGGACGGAGCCUCCGCCAACCCCACCGUGUCCCUCCAGGAGUUCCUGCUGCUCGAGUCCAGCCUGGCAGCCACGGGGGCCAAGCUGCUGGCCCAGGCUGUGGGUGCAGGGGCGGGCUGGGCUGUCACCCGGCUCUGCUGGUCCUGGGAGCUGACACAGCUCCACUUCAUCCAGAACCUGCUCGCGCCCGAGUGCAGCUCCUCCAUCCGCGCCUCCCUGCCCCACGCUGCCCUCGUGGAAGGCUCCUGCUCCUUCCUCUUCCACCUCGUGCUCCUCAAGGUGCGCCAGAGCCACCCCCUGUGCCGGGUCCCUGUGCUGGCAGUGACUGUCACCUUCCUGACGUACACAGCCGGACCGUUCACGGGGGCCUUCUUCAACCCUGCCCUGGCCACAGCCAGCACCUUCCACUGCUCGGGGAGCAGCUUCUGGGACUACAUCCAGGUCUACUGGCUGGGGCCCCUCGCAGGGAUGCUCACUGCCCUCCUGCUGUUCCAGGGCAACAUCCCACGCCUCUUCCAGAAAAACCUCCUCUAUGGCCAGAGGAGCAAAUACAAGGUGCCCAAGGCAAAGGUGACAGCGCAGGUGGAGGGUGACAAACCACAGAGGAAGAGGAAAACGGGGAAGAGCAACUCUGAGCCCCGUGCCUGAGCCCAGGGGUCCUGGCAGCCCUUCUCCUAGGGAAGGGUUUCCUGGUGUGGAGGAUUUUGCUGCUCGUUCAGUCCUUAAAGCAUCACAAAGGAAUCCUCAGGAUGCCCCUGAGCUCCUUUGGGAAUUGCUUUGAAAACCUCUCUGGAGAGCCCGAAAUGU